UUCCCCACCCGCACAUAAAAUGCAGCAGAAAACCGCUACCUUAUUCUUCCCCACCCAUCACAAAACAAUUAUCCCAAAAACCAUUUAAUUCUCCGGCCAUGCCCGCCAUUGCUCCGCCGCCCGACCACCGCCACCACAUUCGCGAAAGCCUAACAACUCGAGCUGCCAAAUUCAUCUGCUCCAUCUUCCUCACACUCCUCCUCAUCACCGCUGUAAUCAUCUUCAUCCUCUGGCUUAGCCUCCGUCCUCACCGCCCCCGCUUCCACCUCUUCUCCUUCUCCACCCAUAACAUCGCCUCCGGUGCCCUCCAAACCAUCUCCUUCAACGUCUCAUCCCGAAACCCUAAUCGCGAGAUCGGCAUCUAUUACGAUGCAAUCUCGGCCUCUGUUUUCUACAACAACGACGCGAUCGGAUCUUCGCCGGUGCUUUUCCCAUUUUACCAGCCACCGAAGAAUACUACGGCGGUGAGGGGGGAGAUUGGUGUGGAGGAGUUGUCGGUGGGGGCGGCGGCGGAGGGGCAAAUGGCGGGGGGACGGGUAGGGUUCAGGCUGGAGUUGGCUUCGACCAUUCGGUUUAGGGUUUCGAGAUGGGAUUCGCACCGUCAUGGAAUGCAUGUUGCGUGUUAUGUUGAGGUGGGGGGAGAUGGGGAGAUGCUGGCAGAGUAUGUUGGAAGGAAAUGUCCCAUUUAUUUUGGGUGAGAAUAAGGUUUGGUAACAAGAUUAUAUUAUAAAUGUUGCAGAAGAUCUGAAAUUUUUUUUCCUUUUUUUAAGUU